AUGAAGUGUGGAAACAUUCAACCGUACACAAUCGUCGUCAUCCUGUGCUGCCUUGGACUAACCAACGGACGAAUAAUUCACCGGAUUAGUGAUUAUAAUGCACCCAUGGCGGAACCAGUGCGUCAGUGCCGUGCAAUCUGUUUAGCGAAUCAUCUGCACGAGGAGAUUAACAACAUUGUGGUGACGGAUGAGUGUACCGAUCGGCCAAAUUGUUUCAUGUGCUGGGAUUACUGCAAGAUCCUGCACGAGGAGAAGCGAAUCGUGCGCGAUUUAAUGUGCAGUGAUGUGAUUUGUUACUCUGGAUGUAAGACGGCCUGCAAGUACUACGCUGGAUUCUUUCGUAGCGAAAAAUCGAAAACUUUGCUAAGGUCGCUCACCGUACCAGCUGUCGGUGGACACCAGCCGAAACAGUAUGAUGUUGAACCCAGUGCAACCUAA